AUGACACGGAUUUGCAGCCGCCGUCCCGGGGCUAAUGCAGGAAACCACAUUCAGCAGGCAGCCGUUCCUGUGCAGGCACUGCGUGCGGCAGUAGAACGGCGGAGGGAGGAGAGGUGGACUGCUAAGGGUGUGAAGACCAGUUGGACAGCAGAAAUGUAUCCAGGAUCACAUUAUUUGUCAACCUCAUUACAUGCUGCACAGGUAUUUCCAGAAGAAGUUCAGAAAGAGGAGUCUCCUAAAAGGGUCCUUCAAAGCAUUUCAUUGAUGACCAGCGACAGGUUUUGUUCACCUUGUCAUCUAAAUCCUCUGGGUGGCUCCCCCUGCAUGUGCCGUCGGAGCCCGCGCCUGUUGACGAAUGGUUAUUAUGAUAUGAGUGAAGAGAGCUUCAUGGAUGAAGGAGGGAAUCUCACCCUAACACCAUUCAAAAUAAACAUCAGCUACAAGGAAAAUCUUGUGCGAAUUUUCCGACGGAGAAGAAAGGCUCGUCGAUCCUUUGCAAGUCUUUUUUCCAUAGAUUCGCCCAGUUCAUGGUUGAACAGCAGUCUUUUCAGUGGCCCUGACUGUCCUCUUGCAGAAUCUUCAUGGAUUGGUGAGGGAAGUGACUUUGACACCAGCUUCAGCAAUAAGCAGGGACAAGGCACUGUGGAUUUGUCCUCUACCGAUGAAUCUUGGUUAUUAGAAGAAACUCAGCCCCUAAUUAAUGCUGAAGCUUUCUCCACUGAAGGUCUAUUGGUAGAUGGAUCACAAGACUUCUUGGAUCUUCCUUCUCGUUCCCAGUUACAUCCUGCAAAGUGCUGCUUCAAUUACAUGCCAAAAAGCCCAGAUUCAAUGACUAUCAAGAAUUUCUUUUCCCACCUGAUCAUUUUGGCCCUCUCCAUAGGUGUUGCUGUAUUCACAAGGUCCUUCCUUGGAGGAGUGAUUGCUGCAUUAAUCAUCACCAUGCUGCUGUUUACAGCUGUGCUGACUACAGCAAAAUCAGCAUAUCCCUGCUUUAUUAAAUCGCAAACGGUCUUGCAUCAAACACAAGCUGAGGAAAUCACAUCUAACAAAGGCUGAAAUGAGUGGACAAGCAUUCAGGUUUUAAGGAUCCAGGAACUGAGUUAAUGGACAUCCGAGAAUAUGCAAAACCUCCAGGAUUUUAUGUCUGGUGCUUUCAGAAUAUUUUCACAAAAAUAACAGAUAAGAAUGUAUGUACUUGUGUUUGAUAGAUCAACUUUUG